GAAAAGUUCAUAAUAGAAACUUAAAAGGAAUUUUUAGGUUAUUCAGAUAAAUUGUUAUUCAUUUCAACUAUAAUGGCUCUGCAAAAUGUAUUUUUUAAUUGGAACAGGAUUUUGUGUAGUUUUGAAUCACUAGCAUCUAUACAGAAAAAACUUUUACAUUGUACUUUUGUUAAUAUGAGAGAUGUUGUGGACAGAAAAGAAAUGCUUCGUUCACUUCCAAAACUUGAUGAAGGUACAGCAGGUGAAAAAUCUGAAGAAAUGGAUUUAUUACUCAGAGACAAGCACAGUAUGUUUCCUACCAAAGAUACUACCAAUCAAUUGUUCAAUGGAAUAAGAUUUCGUGAUUUGCCUAUUUUCAACAUUAAGUCGUCUCCUAAUAACACAAUAAUUACUCUAACAAAUAGUAAAGGAGAAGCUCAAAUGCUUAGAUCAUGUGGUAUUGAGGGUUUCAAAAAUACUAGGAAGGGAACAAAUAUAGCUGCUCAAGCUACUGCUAUAACCAUAGGAACGAAAGCAUAUAACAAAGGGAUAAAAACAGUGAGGGUACGAGUUAGAGGUAUUGGACCUGGACGAAUGUCUUCAAUCAAAGGUCUUCAAAUGGCAGGUCUGCAAGUUGUUUCAAUUACUGAUAAUACACCAGUGUCUUGGAAUCCACCACGACCUAGAAAACAAAGGAAACUGUAAAUAGUAAUUCUUAGUAAAUGAACAAUGAUUAUUGAA